AUGCCGAAGGCAAGAUUCUUCAAACCAAAACGUAGUGACAUCAUUAGUGAGAUUUCAAGUCCCACUAACGUUGUUAAACAUGUACAUGUUACUUACGACCAAGAGACAGGGCAGUUCCAUGGGAUACCUGAUUACUGGAAAGAAAUGAUAGACAAUUCGAAUUUCUCAGUCGAAGACCGAAAAAAUAAUGCGGACAAAAUUCUAAACGCUGUGACGGCUUUCAAAGAGUCUCAAAAAACUAAGUACUUGGGUUUUGAGGGCUUGGAAAGUGUUGAUGAGGAUGAUGAGUUGGAAAGGAAAAUGCGACUGUUUAUUUUGAAUCCAAAAGAAGAAAAGAACAGUACAAGUGCCGCAUCAUCUCAUCCAAAAGUCAAGCCUGCCGUACACGUAAACGAAAGGAAAAAUGGUGCUCUCACUCCUCCUGUACCUCCACCAAAGCCAUCUGCCAGUGAUUCAAAUAAGCAAGCAGCCCCCUUGCUCCGCAAACGUGUUCGCAGGAAACUCACAGAUGAGGAGUUCUAUUCAGAAUUAGAUUCCGUAAUAACUCCCGGAAACCCUCGUGAUGUGUAUUCUAUCGAAAGCGAACUUGGUACAGGUGCCUCAGGUACCGUUCGACUUGGUCGAAAUAAAAGAACGGGACAAAUUGUAGCUGUCAAAGUGAUGAAACUAGAUAAGCAGCCCAAUCGCGAUUUAAUCGUUUCCGAAAUUGCUGUCAUGAAGCGCAUACAACAUGAAAAUAUCGUUAAUUACUUAGCAUCUUAUUUAUUAAGAAAUGAAAACCAGCUAUGGGUUGUGAUGGAAUACCUGGAUGGUGGUGCACUGACAGAUGUAGUCACUGAGACUGUCAUGGCCCCAGACGUAAUUGCCGCUGUUGUUCGGGAAUGUGUAAAAGCCUUGGUAUUUCUGCACGAUCAAAAUAUAAUACAUAGGGAUAUAAAAUCUGACAAUGUACUGCUCGGAAAACAGGGUCAAGUCAAGGUCACCGAUUUCGGAUUUUGUGCUCAGCUUGGUAAUCGGCAAAGUAAACGCCAAACCAUGGUUGGAACUCCUUAUUGGAUGGCUCCUGAAGUUGUUUCGAAAACUGCAAAUUAUGGGCCGAAAAUUGACAUUUGGUCACUUGGCAUUAUGAUUAUUGAAAUGUUGGAUGGAGAACCACCUUAUAUGAAUGAACCUCCACUAAAAGCAAUAUACCUCAUUCAAACAAUGGGAAAACCUAGACCAAAAACCAAGAACUUGCACCCGAUGCUUCAAGAUUUUCUGGACAGAUGUCUAGUCGUAGAUCCUGUAAGACGAGCUUCUGCAAAGGAACUGCUUAACCACGAUUUUUUUAAGCAUGCAGGGAGCUUGUCUUCGCUUGGACCGCUUAUUCGUGCAGCACGAGAGAGUCUUGGAAAAAAGGAAUAA